CUGAGGAGUGCUGUUCAAUGAAGACCUCCCCCCUCCAAAAGCAGCCUUAAGUGCACUUUAUUUUGACACACUGCCGCGCGAUACAGUUGCUAUGCAGUUAGCGCCCUUGGUUACCACUAUUUCCCAUAACGCGUCGCUUCCGAGAGAAAUUUGAGGUGUAUGGAAGCUUACAAGAGCCCCAACUUUGGUGAGUGAAGCUGGUAGACAAUGGAGAAAGAACAGAGCAACAGUGUGGUCUUCAAUGCUUCAAAAAGAGAGCUUUUCACUGCGAACAAUGGCUACAAAUCCAUGCAGAAACGACUAAAAGCUCAGUGGAAAAUCCAAAGUAUGAAAGAUGAGCUGUCUUUGGAUAAACUCAAGAGUGUCAAGUUGUGGAUAACUGCAGGCCCAAGAGAGAAGUUCACUGCCUCAGAGAUGGAGGCGCUGAAAGUGUAUCUGGAAGGAGGAGGGAAUGUCUUGGUCAUGCUCGGUGAAGGAGGAGAAAUGAAGUAUGACACAAACAUCAAUUUUCUCCUGGAGGAUUUCGGAGUAAUGGUCAACAACGAUGCUGUGGUGAGGAAUGUGUACUACAAAUACUUCCACCCUAAGGAGGCGCUUGUGUCCAAUGGUGUACUGAACAGAGAGAUCAGUCGAGCUGCUGGAAAAGUGGUCACAGGAAUUAUCGAAGAUGAAAAUGUUGGAAACAAUGCACAGGCGCUUACAUUUGUGUACCCGUACGGUGCCACACUGAGCGUGAUCAAGCCCGCGGCGGCUGUUCUUUCAACUGGCUCCGUCUGCUUCCCCCUCAACAGGCCUGUCCUGGCCUUCUAUCAAGGCAAGAAUUCUGGCAAACUGGCUGUUUUGGGUUCCUGCCACAUGUUUAGCGAUCAGUACAUAGACAAAGAGGAGAACAGUAAAAUCAUGGACGUUGUGCUUCAGUGGCUCAUGACUGAUAACAUUCAGCUGAAUCAGAUCGAUGCCGAAAACCCAGAGAUUACAGACUACACCAUGCUGCCACACACAGGUAAUUUGUCUGAACAUCUCAGAGCUUACUUACAAGAGGGAGAGGAAAACCCCCGGGACGUCCCCUCUCUCUUUGCCAUGUCUUUGUCCAGUCUGUCCACUGACACCUUACCCCAAGCCAUCAGUGCUUACAAGCAGCUUAAUGUGAAAGCGGAGCCGCUUCAGCUGAUCGCACCGCAGUUUGAGACCCCUCUGCCUCAGCUGCAGCCUGCUGUCUUUCCACCUGCUUUGAAUGAUUUGCCUCCACCCAUGCUGGACCUGUUCGAUCUAGAUGAAACGUUCUCGUCUGAGAACGUGCGUCUGGCACAGCUCACCAAUAAGUGUACAGACGAUGACCUUGAGUUCUACGUGCGGAAAUGUGGUGAAAUUCUUGGGGUGACACCUAAGUUGGAUAAAGAGCAGAGGGAUGCUAAGCACAUCUUGGAACACAUUUUCUUCCAGGUUGUGGAGUUCAAGAAACUUAAUCAGGAGCGUGAUAUGGACCCCGAGGCCCGCUUCUCUCCACUGUGAUCGGAUUCAAGAAACCCAACAAACAUUUUCAACUCUGGCUUUCAAAUAUGUUAAAAUGAGCUCAUUUUGAGCCCAUCACAGGAGGGCCUUAAAGGGUUUUCAG